GGUGUUUUUCCCCUCUUCGAGCUCACUCACUCUCAUCCUCUGCUCUGAUUCUCACACACUCCGUAGCUCUAAGGACUCGGCUUCUAGUUUGUUAUUUUUCUUUUCUUUUUCUUUUGACAACAACAUAUCUCCCCAUUCUCCCUUCUCACCCCCCACCCCCCACCCCAGUGCCUGGGGCAUUAGGAGUACCUGUGCGUGUAUGUGUGUGUGAAAGCAGGUGUGUGUGUAUGAGUGUGUGUGUUGAGGGGUUUCAGCAUGGAAGCAGUGGCACUUUAUACGUUUCGUGCCACAGAGGGGGAUGAACUCAGUUUCAACAAGGGAGACAUGCUCAAGAUCACCAACAUGGAAGAUGAUCCCAACUGGUACACAGCUGAGCUCCACAACCGAAAGGGCUUUGUGCCAAAAAACUACAUCAACCUGCGGCCGCAUGCCUGGUUUGCCGGACGGAUUUCUCGUGGCGUGGCCGAAAGCCGACUCCGAAACAGAGAGUGUGGAGCUUUCCUCGUCAGGGAGAGUGAGAGCGCUCCGGGGGAGUUCUCCAUGUCCGUCAGUUACGGGGACCACGUCCAGCAUUUCAAGGUGCUGCAGGACCGCGGCGGUCAGUACUACGUGUGGGAUGAAGGCUUCUCCUCUCUCAACGAGUUGGUGGACUUUUACCAUAGCAACAGCAUUGCUAAGGAGAGGACGGUGUUUCUGAGAGACCCAGAACACUUUGCCAGGCGUCCCCACCACGCCCACGCUCUCUUCGACUUCACCCCCCAACACCCUUCCCAGCUGCACUUCCUGCGCGGUGAUGUCAUCGAACUCAUUGACUGCUCCGAUUCGCUACGUUGGAGGGGUCGUUGCCAAGGACGCGUAGGCUACUUCCCCCCAGAGUACGUCCAACCCAUUUACCAGCACCAGUGACCGGAGACGUCAAGCAGACACGCAUUCAUUCCCGAGGCCUUAAUCGAUGAGGCAUCCUGACCCCCCUUCUCCCUCCCUCCAAAACACACGCACACAUGCCCUCAAACUUCUGGAGCGAAUGAGUAAAUGAGCUGAACUGAUUUCUCCCACGUCUCCGUGAUGUCACCUGUCAACAACAAAAACAAAGCUCUUCAGUCUUCUCCCCCUGAUUCUUUGCCCCAUUUCUCUAUUAAAGGAAUCACUGGGAUAUGGACCUACACACUGUGGAAGACACAGUCAUUAACUAACAGACACACACAAACUCCCAGGCAUAAUCAUUCAUUAUAUCUUAUCAGUGCUGGUGCAGGCUAGCAAAAAGGAACACACACACCCGGAGAAGGCCACUUUUGAUAGAAAUGCAGAUUUGCUCCAGGAUCAUCCAGGAAGACAUCUGGUGAGCCAAGAAGAGACACAGGAACAAAUUGUGAUGGAAAUUUUUAGUCCAAACACUGAAGAUUCUGACGCAACAGACCCCUCAGUCAUUAGGCUGAUACAUGAAGGGGUUUAACAGGAGUGGCUGAGCGUAUGUAAACCUGUGAACUCUACAUGCUAGUGAUCAUGUGUGUUACUGAAAAAAAUAAUUGUGUGUGUUGAUACUCUGUGGAAUGGUAAAGGGUGUUUCUGUACAUUUACUGAGUGGAAUACUGCUUAAGACGCUGCUUUAAAAAUACUGCUUAAGAUGUGAUAUGCCUGACUCAGUUUGUGGAUCAUUUGUUUGUGUCUACAUAUUUAUUCUCUUUAACCUGAAUGCAAAGAUACUGUAAAUAAAAGUUCAUCACUGUAAGAAGAUUUUAAUUCUGUUGCAACAAACAGUACAACCGCUUAGAAAAAACAACACAAUUUACAGUAAAAAC